AUGAGGUUCGCCGUCGCGUUCGUUUCCGCGCUUUUCCUUUUGUCUUCCCUCUCUCUCUUCGGCUUAGCGGCGAAAGGCGCGCAGUCGCAGAAUCGGUCAGCUUCUCAGGCUCGCUCUGCUUCUCAGAGUCGCCCUGCUUCGCAGAGUCCCCCAGCUGGGCAGGCCUCGCAAGGGGGGCAGCCGGCGCGCCCGGCGGUGCCCGCGCCUGCCACGGCUCAAAAAGAGACGGUUGUGGCUGCAGCCGCGGCGCCCGACCGCGCUCGCACGUCGGCGGACGACCAGGAGACAGUCAACAAGGUGGGGCGUGUCCUCGACGAUGACGAAGAAGAUUAUCUUAGGGAGGAGUUCUUCGAAUACGACGCGAACGGCGACGGCAUGCUCGACGCGUAUGAGGUGCGCAUCACGCACCCCGAGAUCGCGAACAACGAGCUGUUUUCUUUCUUCGGCUCUGUUGAUGCCAACCAGGAUGGCCUUCUCACCCUCAGCGAGUACAAGAACUACGUCGCCUCAGCCAUGUAG